AUGUUAGAGGAAACUAAAAAGCUGAUUGGUAAAUCCCUUCAGCCAGCACGACCUGUGCGUCAUUUGUCUUCGCAAAAUGUGAUUGCUUUCAACUUUCAGACUGAAUUGCCUAGCAACUCUGAAGUAUGCUUGCAGAGUGAGGUUGGCUGGUGGUCCGAAAUGACUGGAAUGAAGAUCUUAACUCAAACUGUGAUACCCAGUCAACCAAAACCGAAUGAACUAGAAGUAAAGAAAGAAAGAAUCAAAUAUAGCAGAGACUUCCUUUUAAAGCUUUCAAGUGUUUCACUCUCUCAAGAGAAGCCAAAGUUUCUUCCUGAUCAUCCAAUUGUACUUGAAAAACCAGAGAACAGCAACAAUUUCAUUGAUUUAUGCAAGAAGUGAUAGGUUGUUUGGAAGAUGAGUGAUCCAUCAGUGAAGGACCUACACAUGAAACAUUUUUACAGAAGAUUUUUGAAGGUACUUGAAUGCCUACAGA